AUGGUUUCUGGCUCCGACGAUGUCCGUCACAUGACGGACCAAUGCUCAGCCCGGAGUCAUCGAUGUUGUACGACUGUGAGCCGAGGUUUUCUUCGCGAGUUCGACAGACAAACGCCCAAGGCAACUCCCCAGCGGUAUCUGGAGCGGCCAAUCUACAUAUCCCUUUGGCCCGUAUUCUCAAACGAAAUGAAAGGUACGCCAAUAUCAAUCUAUAAAGGCAGUGGUACCCAAACUUUUCCUAGUCGCGGCGGUCUUUUUCAAUUACAAUUUUUCCAUGGCGCCCUACCCUAA